AUGAAUUUCGACGACAGUUCCAGUAGUGGCUAUGUCACUAACGAGACCAUAUACGGGACUCAUGAGGAUUCCCAUGUUGUGAUGUCAGAAAAGGUGCAAUCUUUAGCAGGCAGUAUCUACCAAGAGUUCGAACGGAUGAUCGCUCGAUAUGACGAAGACGUAGUCAAAACUUUAAUGCCAUUACUUGUUAAUGUACUAGAAUGUUUAGAUUCAGCAUAUCAAACUAAUCAAGAACAUGAAGUAGAGUUAGAACUACUUCGAGAAGAUAAUGAGCAGCUGGUCACGCAGUAUGAACGCGAAAAGGCGGCGAGGAAGCAUGCCGAACAAAAAUUGUUAGAAACAGAAGAUCAUUAUGAAGGUCAAAGCAAGGAAUUAAUUGGGCGUUUGGAGGCAUUGGAUAGUAUAGUGCGAAUGCUGGAAUUAAAGCACAAGAACUCCUUGGAACAUGCAAGCAGACUUGAAGAGAGGGAGAAUGAACUGAAGAAAGAAUAUGCAAGGUUACAUGAAAGAUUUACAGAGUUAUUCAAGACUCAUAUGGACUAUAUGGAGCGUACAAAGCUAUUGCUCAGUACAGCCAGUGACCGCAGUGAAGUUCGAGGCAGACUUAAUCUUAACCCUCUAGGAAGAUCUAGCGGGCCCAUAUCAUUUGGUUUUGCUUCUCUGGAGGGAUCGGUCAAUGUUGUGGAACAAACCGAGAGUAUUCCUGGGAGUCCUGUGAGUCUGUCUUCUUCACCGCCAUCACCACCCAUAGGAUCUGAAUUAGCAGCAGUGAGAACUGUGGAGCGUGCUCAUCAAACUGAUCCUAUCACACAGCAAAGUCAGGCUACUUCGCCUGUGGCGCCCCCUCACGCCAGCACAGGCAGAUCGCAGACUAAAAGCGAAAAGAGAAGUGGCAACACGCUUUAUCAAGAGCUGGCCUUCCAGGAGACUGAUGCUAAUAUAGCGGAGGGCGACGAUGGAGAUAUUACAGGAAGUUGGGUACACCCUGGCGAAUAUGCAUCAUCAGUUAACGAUAAUUACUUCGGUAAAGAAGUGGAGAAUCUGAUUUUGGAGAACAACGAGCUAUUGGCUACUAAGAAUGCUCUAAACGUGGUGAAAGACGACUUGAUAGUGAAAGUAGACGAAUUGACCGGAGAGCAGGAGAUCCUCAGAGAGGAGGUGGCCAAUCUCAGUUCCGCCAGGGAGAAGUUGAGGGAGCGCGUCACUCAGCUUGAAGAGGAACUUAGGCAUUUGAAGGAGACGGUGAGCAGCAGCGCGGGCGGCGAGAACGAGGACGAGGCCGACGUGCCGAUGGCGCAGCGGCGCCGCUUCACCCGCGUCGAGAUGGCCCGCGUCCUCAUGGAGAGGAACCAGUACAAGGAGCGCUACAUGGAGUUGCAGGAUGCGAUACGCUGGAGCGAGAUGAUGCGCGCCAGCCGCGGCGAAAACAUAGACAAGAAGAGUAAGCAGGGCAUCUGGAAGCUGUUUAGCAACCUCUUCAAACCGAGCGAGCGACCGCAGCGCCCCCUGUCCACCCCCCACCUGAGGGCGGUGGCGGCGCCGCAGCCCGCGUUGCGCCACUCGCGCACCCAGAGCGACUUCCUGGAGACCCAGCUCACCGACCAGCACCACAGGCGGCAGGAGCGCAGCGAGCAGUAUCGACAGGUUCGGGCACACGUGAGGAAGGAGGACGGGCGCACGCAAGCUUACGGCUGGAGUUUGCCGGGGAAGAGUGGGCAGGGGCCCAAGGGGCCGAGCCACUGCGUGUCCCUCUCGUCAGGGGGCGUGCCGGUUCCCGUGCCAGUGUUCUGCAGACCGAUAGCAGAAAGUGAGCCCCGGAUGAAGCUGCUGUGCGCGGCCGCUGUGAACCUGACCGGGGGUCGAACUCCGGACGGCGGCUGCAUGAUCGGCGAGAGUGUGUUCUACGCAAAGGAGGAUGAUAAAUCUGACAACGCCAUGUGUCUCGCCUACGAAAUGAGCAAAGCGCAGUCCGUGCAUUCGCCGGAAGUGGAGCAGAUCAAUCGACAACUGCAGUCCACUCAAAGCGUGGAGCAUUCUGAGAAGAAUUUGUCAUCGCUCGUCUGGAUUUGUUCUAGUACACAGACUAAAGGAGUUGUUAUGAUCAUUGACGCGAACAAACCGGCGGAAGUGAUAGAGUCCUUCUCGGUGAGCGACAAGCACAUCAUGUGUGUCGCGUCCGUUCCCGGCGCAGAGGCGGAGGACUACCGCGAGUACGAGGAGCGCAUGUCCGAGAACGAGGGGAAACGUCAUUCGCAAUCGCUGUUCUGCGUGGGCAAAAGCGAGUCGACGGAGAGCCAAAACAACGGUCUCCCUGUUACGCUUAACGCUAACGGCGCCGGAGAAAACUCGGAAAAGGAGGUCGUCGUGGGAAGUACACGGCUGGUGCAAGCGACUCUACUGACACCACCUCCAACUCCCGUUAAAGAGGAACCUCAGCAGGAAGAAGAUGCCCCGAAGGAGUCGAAAGUGAAGGAUGUGGAAGAAGCCGACUCGGCAGCACCCGAUAGCCCACCGCUAAGUUCCACGCCCAUCAAUCAAACGGAGCAACGGAGCGCAUCGCCGGAGCCCGCUGUGGAUGCGUUCGCGCAGGAGCAGUCGAACGCGGAGAGUCGCUGCGACGUUGCACUGGACCGCAAGAUGUCCACCGUGAUGGCGACCAUGUGGCUGGGAACCAAGAGCGGCAGCCUAUACGUCCACUCCGCCAUGGGCAACUACAGCAAAUGCCUCUCCAGCGUGAAGUUAAACGACGCGAUCCUGUCGAUUGUGUCGUGCGCGUCGCGUUGCAUGGUGGCCCUGGCGGACGGCACGGUGGCCAUAUUCGCCCGCUUGGCCGACGGACAGUGGGACUUCUCCCAAUAUUGGCUCCUAACGCUUGGGGACCCCAAAUGCUCCGUUCGUUGCCUGAGCGCGGUUGGAUGCACCGUGUGGUGCGGGUACCGGAACAAGGUGCACGUGGUGGACCCUCGCUCCCGGCUGGUGCUGCACACGCUCGAAGCGCACCCUCGGCAGGAGAGCCAAGUCCGCCAGAUGGCGUGUGACGGCGACGGCGUCUGGGUGUCGAUCAAAAUGGACUCGGCGCUGCGGCUGUACCACGCGCACACUUACAAGCACCUGAAGGACGUCGACAUCGAGCCGUACGUGAGCAAGAUGCUGGGCACGGGCAAGCUGGGCUUCUCGCUCGUGAGGAUCACGGCGCUGCUGAUCAGCUCGGGCCGCCUCUGGAUCGGCACCAGCAACGGCGUCGUCAUCUCGGUGCCGCUCACAGAGGGCGCCAGUCGGGACACCGGCGCGGGGGCAUCGGCCCGUUCAGGUCUAGCGCGCCCCAGCAGUCCUACGGGCGUGAUCCCGUGGUGCUCGAUGGCCCAGGCGCAGCUCAGCUUCCACGGGCACCGGGACGCGGUGACCUUCUUCGUGGCCGUGCCAGGGGUGGCCAACUCGCCCGCCCGCACGCCCGAGUCGCCCCGCUGCCACAGCCCCGCCCCCCCACCGAUGCUCGUCAUAUCCGGCGGGGAGGGAUACAUCGACUUCCGAAUAGCCGAUUCGGAAAUGGAGGACAGCGUGGUGGUGGCCGAGGACGGGCCCCCAAGCGGGGCCUCCUCCCUGGCGGAGAGGGCCACCAAGAGCCACCUGAUAGUGUGGCAGGUCCGCUCCUCACCGCGGUCCCACACCGAAUGCGAGCACCGGUUCGAGCCGCACUUUUUAACACCCGUACCGCCCUCCUCCCCUCCCGUGACGUUCCCCCCAGGCGUUGCAACAGUUCAACCGCCGCGCAACUCCAUCCCACGAUGCAUCACCAGUAAACGGGCG